UUCUAGCGAAUUCUGACUUUUUUCUACGCAAUGCUGACAUCUGGCGACUUUUCGAAGACGUUGUAGCGACAAAUGGUUUUAAAGAGCUGGCAACACUAAACUACGUAAAACGUAAACAACAAUAAAAAAGCUAACAACACAAAACAAAAAAAUAUUCUAAGGGUUCUUACUUCUUAGGCAUUUGAGCAAUAAAUUGUUCACAAAAAUAGGUAUUAAUGAAAUCAAUAAGUCAAAGUUUUGUCAAAAAAUGAAUAAGUACAGUUAUAAUUUCGGUGGAAAUCAUACCCACUUCGUUGUUGAAAUGAAAAUGGAAAGUACUUGUAGACUAUGCUUAAAUGAGACGCCUGAUGCCUUGGAAGACCUGUGGGAAGGAUGUGAGGUCUUGGAUAAGUUAUCUUCUUGUCUUUCUCACCAUAUAUCCCUGAUGAAAGAUUUACCAAGGAAAAUAUGUCAUCAAUGUGUCCAAACUGUCAACAACAUCUAUUCCUUCCAUCAACAAAUAAGCCAAAACGAAAAUAUGUUACAAAAGAGAUUCAACAAAAUCCAAGAGGAAAGUAUGGAUAGCUUCAAGGAAUACAACGAUUCAAAUGGUCACGACCAAUUAAUCUUAAGUGAUACUUUUAAAAAUGAUGAUCCAGCUGAGGUAGAAAUGACUGUCAAAACUGAAGGCAAUGAUUCAAUGUCUUAUGUCGGAACACAAAGUGAAAAGGAAAACUUGUAUAGUUCUAUAACAAAAAGUGAAAAUGUUAAUAUUAGUAAUAUGAAAAGGGAAAGUGUAAGAGUAAAUAGAGAAAUUAUUAAAACAAAAAAUGAAAAUAUUUGUAAAAACAAUACUGAGAUGGGCCAACAAGAAAGUAUUGGUAACGAAAACUUGCAGGUCAAUCAUCAAAUAGAAGCAAGUUUGGAUCCUGGUGACGAUGUACCGUUAUCAGUGUUGAAAGAUAACAAAAUGAAAAUAACGGAUUUCGAUGUAACAAAUAAGUUUAGAUGUCUUACAUGCUUCGAAGUAUUCAGCAAUCGAUUAGAAUUGCUUACACAUUACCGUCAUAUCGAGUUAGAGAAAUUCAACAAAAACAAUGAUAUGUCAAAUACCGAAAUGAAACCUGUUAAAUAUAAAAUUUUAACAGAAACAGACGGCAGUAUAACUUUUAAAUGUGAAAGGUGCUAUAAAAGGUACAGACUUAAGAAGUUUAUUGACCGCCAUAUCAAAACUCAUAGCGAAAGGAGACCUUUCUUAUGUAAAUUAUGUGGUAAAACAUAUCAGACUGCAUCCAUAAUAGUGGCCCAUGGAAAGAUGCAUAGCGGGCAAAUGUAUGUGUGUGCAUACCAGUGCGGCUACACAUCCGUACACAAACACGUUGUUAUGGACCACGAGAAACGACACAGGCAGGAGUACAAGUACAAAUGCGAAACGUGCGGCAAAGGUUUCCAAGUGCGCACCUCCUACCAACAGCACCAAAACAUACAUAACGAUGUCAAACCCUUCAGCUGCGACCAGUGUGAAAAGACCUUCCAUUUACACAAAUACCUCAUGACACAUAAGAGCAGCGUACAUCCUCAGACGUCGCGACGCAAGCCGUGGGUGUGCAAACAGUGCGGCAUGCCGUGCGACUCCAAACAUAGCCUCAAUUUGCAUUUGAAGCAAGGCCACGGAAUAGUCACAACCCGGCCUUCACUGUGUGACAUCUGCGGCAAGAUUGUGAGGGACACGCAUCUGUUGCAGCAUCAUAAACGAGCGGUGCAUUUGAAAACAAGACCUUACGCUUGUGGCUUUUGCGACAAGUCCUUUCAAAAGAAGUACACACUAAAAGUGCACGAACAGACGCACACUGGCAAGCAGUACUGCUGUAGCGUGUGCGACCGGCUGUUCACACGCAAUGAUACGCUCGCGAGGCAUUUGAAAAAGUGUCACACCGGCGGCUGCAAGAACAAGUGUCAAAAAUGCGACAAAACGUUCCCAACAAAGCUGAAAUUAACCGCGCAUCAAAAGAUUUGCACAUCCAGUAUUAUAGAAGACUCGCAGACCAAUGAAAUUGUUCUAGAAGGAAAGAAAACUGAUAAACUGAACUAUAAUGAGAGAAAUCUUUUAUAAAUAAUAACUACACUUUA